GCCGUGAGCCCUGGUGUGUUGUUUAUGAAAGAAUAAACACGAGCUGCAGUCGAAAAAAACCUCUAACAGGUAUCUUAAACCAUGAAGCAGCUGCCUCCAGAUACCGUGCGGCUGCUUUCCAGCUCUCAGGUCAUCACGUCGGUGUUGAAUGUUGUGAAAGAACUGAUAGAAAAUUCCCUGGAUGCUGGGGCCACAAGCAUCGAUAUUAAACUGGAGAACUAUGGUUUGGAUCGGAUAGAAGUGCGUGAUAACGGCCAAGGAAUAAAAGCUGCAGAUACUCCUGUGAUGGCUGUGAGACAUUUUACCUCUAAGAUCUGCAGCCAUGAGGACCUUGAGCAACUGGAGACAUAUGGCUUCAGAGGAGAAGCACUGUGCUCCAUCUGUGCAGUGGCUGAGGUUUCUGUCAUCACAAAAACAGAAGAGGAUGACAUCAGCACGCAGUACACGUUGAACUUAACGGGUGGGAUUGUCUCACAGAAGCCAUCUCACCUGGGUCAAGGUACCACAGUGAGUGUGCUGAAGCUUUUCAAGAAUCUUCCUGUGAGACGUCAGUACUAUUCUUCAACCAAGAAGUGCAAGGAGGAACUGAAGAAGGUGCAGGACCUGCUGAUGGCCUAUGCCAUAAUAAAACCCGACCUGAGGAUCACACUCGUUCACAAUAAGGUGGCGGUUUGGCAGAAAGCCAAGGUGGCCGAUCACAGAAGUGCGCUUAUCGCCACGCUGGGGUCCAGCACCGUUGCCAACCUGCUCCCUUGCCAGCAUCACCAAGAGCAACCAGAGAUUGUUUUAGAAGGCUUUUUCCCAAAGGCAGGAGUAGACUACUCCUCUACAAGUUCAUCUAACCCUGACAAAACAUUCAUCUACAUCAACAACCGACCUGUCCACCACAAAGAUAUCAUGAAGUUGGUUCGUCAACACUACACUGCUCAGUAUCCUGAUGACUCAGCCAGGAACCGCUAUCCCAUCCUCAUGCUUAAAAUCACAGUUUCGGCCUCCUCAGUAGACGUCAAUUUGACACCAGACAAGACCCAAGUUUUACUUCAUGACAAGGAGGCUGUGCUGACGGCAUUAGAGGCUUUUUUGGUUUCUCUCUACGGCUGUCAACCAAGCUCUGAGCCAGCAGCAGAGAAGCAGAGCAUCCAGGAGACGUCUACCUCACCAAGUAGUCCUUCGAACUCUCAUGUUUCUCUGCUGGGCAAUGAACAAAGUGUCACCAACCACAAAGGUGACUUUUUAGAAGAUACAUCUAAACAGAGGGACACAGCAGUAAGAAGUGACGCCCCACUGGACCGUCGGCCAUCAAACAGCAGCUCCUCGUCCUCUUUCGCUGAGGACUGGAUUGUAAACCAGAUCCCAGCUGAACUUGUCCCUAAAUUUUCUCUGUAUGAUGACCAGAGCUGUCCUAAGACUGGUUCAGACAGCACGUCCCCGGAGAAACUCAAAGACAAUGCUGAGUCAAGCUCAGACGUGAACAAUGUCCAGUUAUCAGCUGAGGACUGGAGCCGGGGGAUGGCUUUGACCGACCCUGUAUCAGGAGAACCCCUGCAGCCCGUUGAAAUCCAUCAACCCCAGAAGAACAAUUCCUCUGAAUCAAACAAGGAGAAGGGUGAGAGCAGCCCAAACAAAAAGAUGAUCAACGCCAUAACAGAGAAGCGGGCCACUCUGACGGCCUACGACCUGAUCAGCAAUCGCGCCAUGAGGGUGCCGCUGUCUCCUACAGCCCUUUUUGACAAGGAGGUCAGAGCGGAGGUCCUGAGGGAGAAGCCCACAGCCAGCCUGCAGGAUAUUAGCGUCACCGUGCAGGAGAGGUGGAAAAAUCUGAGGGAGGAAGAACGUAAGAAGUAUGAAGACAAGGCUAAAAAGCACCUAGAACACCACGACCAGAGGACCAAGUUUGCCUCUGCUGAAAGCCCCAGAGAGAUGAGCAAAAUCAUCCCGAGAGGCCAAGCGCAGGGCCUGAAACGCAAAGCUCCAGCAUCCAACCAGCAGCUGCUGGAUGAGCUCUUCUCUGCUCAGCCACAGAGGAAGACCAAGAGCCCUGAGCCCAAGCCCUCGCAGCCCCUCCCCUUCAGUGUGGCUGCCCUUCGGCAGCAGCUUCAGCGCCUUUCAUCCCAAGGCGGCGCAGUGCCACGGGGCCUCCGUCUUGUAAACCGGCUGGCCUCUCAGAGCGCCUGGGUCAUUUUAUGUGGUCAGAGGCUCAUGUUGUUAAACCCAUUUCGAGUGGAGGAAGCCUUGCUGUUUAAGAGACUUCUAGAGAAUAAUAUAGUUCCCGCAGUGAGUCUGCAGAGCCCCGUACAGUUAACAGAUGGAAAUCUGGGGGGAGCUGAGUAUACUGAGGCUUUGUGCAACAUGGAGAAACAAAAACCUGAUCUAAAUGGAGGGGCCCUCUUCUCUGAUCCCCGGCUCGUGGCUAACGGCUUCAAAAUCAAACUCACUCCAGGUCUCACGUCAGCAGAGAGACAUCUGGAAGUGACAGCAAUGGCAGACUGCGUGCCUUUCUUCGGUUUGGAGGACCUUAGGGAGAUCCUGACUGCAGUUCUUCACAAGAAAGCCCGGACUGUGCAAGAGUGCCGGCCACUGAAAGUCACAAACUACCUUCAAGGUGAAGCAGUAAGACUUGCACGUCAGUUGCCUACAAAUUUAACCAGGGAAGAUGUGGAGGAAACUCUCAAACGGAUGGAGCAGCAGCUUGAUGAGAAAAAACAGACCUGCAUCCAUGGACGACCGUUGCUCCAUCAUUUAUCGGACAUCCCGUCUUCAGAGCAGGAAGCUAAAGCUCUGGUCAGGCCUUUAGAGCUUUAAGACACCUCAGUCACGAGUCAAGGCACUGAUUUGUCUCCAUACUGUUAAAAUAAUGUUCAACUUCACUACUCACAGAACCUAAAAUCAAAUACUUUUCUAUGUUUUGUGCACAUCUUGACUGAGCAUCUGACUAAUUUUCCUAACCUUAGGAAGCUCACUUUUUUGAUGCAUUGAUAAUAUUUCAUG